AUGAUUGAGGCUUUCAAAAGCGGGCAUAUUAGUGUUGAGUUUCUAUCAAUCAUAUUUGGUGCUGGGAUGCUGGUGAAUGUACCCUGUUAUUACAGCGAUAUGCUUAUGCAAAAGAGUGAUGAUGUGAGGAUGGCAUUGUAUUCUUGCGGUUGGGAGUCCCACUGGGAUCGCCAGUCACGGACCCUGAUCUUUUUGUUGCUAACAAGAGUAACCCGACCCGUUGCUAUGCAUACUAUGUUCUCAAAUAUAAGCCUGGACGGUUUAACCGAUGUACGUACGUAA